UCUAAUUCCAAGCUUCAAGAUAGAACAGUUAUGUUUCUUUAUUUGCUCGGAACUUUUGGUAAUUAAUACAGUUUUAAUAAACAUUCUUGUUUACAAGCUUGUCUAAUUGUUCAUUGCCAAAAAAGGUACGACCAUUGGCGGCUGCAGUGUUCCGCGGGGUUGAAAAAGAAAAACGUGCGAUGGCAAACACAAACCGGAAUAAUUAUACCUUCCAGGGAUUUAAAUGGUCUAGGGACACGACAUUGUUGCUAAUCUCAUUAAUAGCAAAAAAUUACAUUCAUUUGCAAAGUGGUGUGAAAAAGAUCAUAUUUCAACAAAUUGCGCUUGAAAUUAACGAACAACUGGGAACCAACCUGGCUUUUGAUCAAGUCGAGUCGAAAUGGAAAGGUCUAAAACGUACCCACAAAAGGGUUAAAGAGUCCAAAACGCAACUGAGUUGGGAAUUUUAUGAUGCAGUUGACGCAAUCCUUAAAAAUGAUAUUGAGAUAAAUCCUGUCAUAACUGCAACAUCUGAGAAUACAUGUGUUGCUGGUGGUGAGCCGGAAUUUGAUUUUGUUGAAUACAUUGUAGAUUCAGAGGACUCAACUAUUCGACCAAGCAGUAAAAGAUGCAAAAAAAAUGAUCACCGCUAUCCUGGAGAAAAUCGAAAUCGUCGAGAGGGUAAUGCAGACCGCAGCGGUAAGCAACGACAAAGGCGUCGAAGUAGUGACGUAGGCAGAAGCCGUUGGGAAGCACGGAGACGUCGAAGUAGUGAAGAUAGUCCAAGCGGAUAUGAAAGCAAACCACUUCAUGGAACUCGGAACAGCCGGGAAAGUGCAGAAGAUGCCAGAGAGAGGCGGCAUCAGGAAAAGAUGAAAUUAGCCAGGAAAUUUCUUGCCAUAUUCGAGAGAAUGGUGGAUAAAAUUUAAAAUUAAAUGCUUUGUUAUAUUUAAGUAUUUGUACUAUACAUAUGUAUGUAAAUCGACCUUUUGGCUAUAAAAAAAAUGCAAUACUUGUUUAUUUCA